CUUUAUGUUGGUCAUAGUAUGAUUCUUUCUCGUAUAAAAUACGUCCGUGUUAGUCAGAACAACAGUUCUUCCGGUCAUGCUUCCAAGGCCGGCGUCAUUGCAACACUCUGGCUUCAGAUGUUACAAGCAUUCCGAAUGUGCGGCUACAGCCGCUCGACAUUUGCAGAUAUAAGCGAAAUGCAGGAGAGGAAAUAAACAAAACCUUUCAGCGUAGAAUCCAAGGCGCACCGAAACUACUUAGGUCGUUACACGUUGUCUGACAUCCUGGUUGAGUGACAAUCCAGACAUUCUUGAUUCACAAGUCGGCUACGCAGGAAUGAUUUAAAACCCAAGAAGGGAUUAUCUACAGAACCCUGUAUUUUCUUUGAAGAUACUACGAGUAGCACGGACAACAGGAAUGCAGUCAAAGUCGCACCGUUGGAACUUUUCAAUUGACCAUUAUGUGAACCCAUGGAUACCGAGGCCACCAUGGCAGUAUAUCCCACAUCAAGUGUCUUAUUUCCUUGGACACCGUUCAAAACCGCAGCAACCUCUGGCACAUUUAUGGACCAUAUUCUGGGCUACGAUUGGCAUUUUCUCGAGCUUGACAGUUAUGGAGGCUGUCAACCAAAACAUGGCGUCCUUUCAAACGCAUGAAGUACCUGUCAUUGUUGGCAGUUUUGGCGCUGCAGCUGUCCUCGAAUUCUACUCAAUCGAGUCACCGCUUGCUCAACCUCGAAAUGCGGUCAUCAGUCAGGUGCUCGCGUCAGUCGUAGCUGUUUCUAUAAGAAAGCUUUUCGAGCUGGGCACUGGAUCUAGAGAUUAUAUAUGGAUCGGGGGUUCUCUUAGCUGUGCGCUAGCAACGGCACUGAUGGCCCUGACGAACACAGUGCACCCCCCGGCCGGUGCGACAGCGCUGUUGGCCGUUGUCGAUAGCAACAUGGCUGGCAUGGGCUGGUUCCUGAUCCCAGUCAUGCUCUUGGGCUGUGUGCUUAUGCAAGCCGUCGCGCUGUUGAUCAAUAACAUCCAGAGGAGGUUCCCCAUGUAUUGGUGGUCACCAGAAGAGGUUGGGCUCAGGUGGAAGCAGGACAAGAAGAGUGCCGCUGACAGGGACGUGGAAACAGGAAGUGGCGCGGCUGUAGAGAAAACCAAUACCAGCGGCUCUAGUCAGUUCGAUGAUGGUAGGACUCUGGCAGAUACAAGUCCUCAGCUAGUUGUCACUCGAACAGAACUGAGGGUGCCUGAAGGGAUGUACUUGACGUCGGAGGAAUUCAAUUUCCUUGAAGAACUGCGUGACCGGCUGUAGAGAGAAGCCAUCAUAGUUGGAGUUUUUGAACAGGCGGACAAUAACACUAAUACUCGUCGCCUAGCACGAGUCUAAUGAUGUGUCAGCCAAGCUGCGAAGUGUGAGGCUUUCUACAUUUGACGCGGUCAUCUACUUUGAUAUUCACAAUGUGUGGCAAUAUGGACGACUAUAGAUGGCCAUAGUUAACAGAGAGCACUCCGUACACUAAGGCGACAAGCCCUCAGAUCACCUAACUUUGGGGCAGGUGAUCACGUGACUUAGCCAGUGGC